AUGGAAGAGCUUGGAAUUCAAAUGCCCGUGGUGCCCGCUUUGGCGCUUCCCAAAUCAAAAGAGUGGAAUGCGCCCCACCAAGAGGAACAGCAAGAUGUGUAUGUCAAGUUGAAAAAAUUGGAGAAGGAAUUGGACUUGUUGUUGUUGCAAGAAGACUAUAUCAAGGAUGAACAGCGCCACUUGAAAAGAGAGUUGGUUCGUGCACAAGAAGAAGUGAAGAGAAUUAGAUCCGUUCCUUUGGUGAUCGGCCAGUUUUUGGAACCCAUCGACGAGAAUACGGGAAUUGUGUCCAGUACUACAGGGUCCAACUAUGUCGUGAGAAUAUUAUCUACAUUAGACAGAGAAUUGUUGAAGCCUUCUUCAUCUGUCGCUUUGCAUCGCCACUCCAACGCUUUGGUAGACAUUUUGCCUCCAGAAGCAGACUCGUCGAUCUCCAUUGUGGGCGACAAUCAAAAACCCGACGUGACAUAUGCGGAUGUGGGUGGCUUAGAUGUUCAGAAACAAGAGAUUCGCGAGGCUGUUGAAUUGCCCUUAACUCAAGGCGAUUUGUACUCCCAGAUUGGUAUCGACCCACCUCGUGGAGUGUUGCUCUACGGUCCUCCAGGUACAGGUAAGACGAUGUUGGUCAAAGCUGUAGCCAACUCUACUACUGCGGCAUUUAUUCGUAUCAAUGGAUCGGAGUUUGUGCAGAAAUACUUGGGUGAAGGACCAAGAAUGGUAAGAGAUGUCUUCAGAUUAGCACGUGAAAACUCGCCUGCCAUCAUCUUCAUUGACGAAGUUGAUGCCAUUGCCACAAAGAGAUUUGACGCGCAGACUGGUGCUGAUCGUGAGGUGCAGAGAAUUUUAUUGGAAUUGUUGAACCAAAUGGAUGGUUUUGACCAGACUUCCAAUGUGAAGGUGAUCAUGGCUACCAACAGAGCUGACACAUUAGACCCAGCGUUGUUGAGACCAGGAAGAUUGGACAGAAAGAUAGAGUUCCCCUCGUUGAAAGACAGAAGAGAGAGACGGUUGAUCUUCUCCACCGUCGCGUCAAAAAUGGCUUUGGCACCUGAAGUGGAUUUGGACUCGUUGAUCGUUAGAAACGAUCCAUUGUCUGGUGCGGUGAUCGCUGCCAUUAUGCAAGAAGCUGGCUUGCGUGCUGUUAGAAAGAACAGAUACAUGAUUUUGCAAAGCGACUUGGAAGAGGCUUAUGCGGCUCAGGUUAAGACGGGCACCGAGCAUGACAAAUUUGACUUCUACAAGUAA